AUGGGCUCUUGGACAACAACCGAGGGAGCAUUACUGAACAACCGCUACCUCAAGGUACGGGAUAUCAGUGAAGGUUCCUUUGGCCUCGUGUUCCUAGCCAAGGAUACCAAAGAAAACGACAAAUUGGUGGCUGUCAAGUAUGUGGCAUCUCCUAAUGAGAUCACACGAUACAAGGAGAUGAGACUCAAGAACAAUUUCAGUGACAUAUCCGAUACUGCCAGUUCGGACAAUAACUCUGUACCGACUACCUCCACCGAUGCAACAAGUUUGGUCAACGUCGAUGCAGUACAUCCUGAUUCUGCUGACAAGAGUAAGGAGCCAACAAAUUUGACUAACUUAAUCAGGGAAACCAAAUUAGAAGUUGAUAUUUUGCGCAAGCUGGGCUUGCAUAUCAACAUCGCAACCCUCUACGACACAUUUGAAAACUACAUUGUCUUGGAAUACUGCUCCCGGGGAGACUUAUACGAGGCAAUUCGCAAUGGAGUUGGUCCUUCAUCCACGCAUGAUGUCAUUGAUGUUAUGAUGCAGCUAAUUGAAGCUGUUGAGUACUGUCAUGCACACUCAGUUUAUCAUAGAGAUAUUAAACCAGAGAAUAUCUUGAUUGCAGAAGAUUGGUCAAUCAAACUCUCCGAUUUCGGUCUCGCCACCACUUCCAAAUUUUCCUCUGAUUUUGAUGUUGGCAGUGAACGCUACAUGGCUCCAGAGCUGUUUGAUAAGAAUGAUAGCGAGUACUUUGAUCAGACAUAUGAUGCUGAAAAGGCUGAUGUAUGGUCAAUUGGUAUUUGCCUCUUGAACAUCGUCUUUGGAAAGAAUCCGUUCCAAAGGGCCAACGGCUCCGAUAAGAUGUUUUUACAUUUCGCUUCAAAUAGAGAGACACUAUUUGAUAUUUUCCCCUCCAUGUCGUUUGAUCUGUUCGGAGUUUUACGACACUCUCUUACGCUAGAUCCCAACAACAGAAACCUUUAUAACAUGAAACAGGAACUUUUGAAAUUAAAGUCUCUCACCAUCGAAGAGGAAUUUCAUCCCUUCGACGAUACUGAUGAACUCGGUGAAAUUCAGGAGAAGAAGGAGUUGGAGGUAGUAGAAAUUUCCGAAGAGCCUGCCUCCCUUCCUGUUCAAGAGACAACAGAUACAGAAGAGAAAUCGUUGGCUGUUUCGUUCAAGCAAACUAAUAGCUUGCUGAAAUCAAGAAGACCACUGGGAGUCCCUACUUCCGACAAUAUUGAUAUUAAAGUAACCAAGAAACCUGCUAACUCAGAACAUGGCUAUGCUGAUAAUGAUAUUGAUAACGGUAAUGAUGGUUUCAAGCGUCAAGAUUUCCUAACCCCAAGAUCUGUUUUCAACAACUACAUGGACAAAAUUGAAAAGAACAGAGUAAACAAGGAGACCAAGAACUUUCAUCACACAAACCAUGGUUUGCAACUCAAUUCUACUAAUCAUCAAAGUCAUAACACCCAAAACCAACCCCCAUCUUACUCGACAUAUCAUACUCCAAGCAGUCAAAACCAUUAUCAUCCUCAUAGCAAUAAGCCAGGAUAUUAUCGCCGUAGUUUCAGCAAUGGAAACGGUAACACUUAUUCCCCCCAGUACCAGGAACAUUACCACACCAAAAGUAAUAACUACAACCCACAGAGAAAAGCGUGGAGACGAAGAAAGAAGUCAAACCAUAGAAUGCCACGCAAGCAGUCUACUAGUGUUGGCGGUUCCUAUAAACCCAACCGUAUUUCUUUUCACACUAAUCAGAGAGCCAGAGAUAGUUUCAAGGGAUCUUUUUCUUCACAUAAGAAGACUGGCUUGAUGGCAAAGGGUGCUAUGGCCAAUACUAAUACCCCUGCCACUGGCAAGUAUGUUCCUCCUGGAUUACGAUCUCCUGUGAAAUUUCAAGGAAUUCCCAAUGAAAGUGCAAUUGUCACUGAUGACGACGAUGUCGACGAGCUCUUUGUCUUGGAGGGAGAUUUCGACCAAGGAGUUCUUGCAGAAAAAUUUGAUACAACUAUGAAGAUUGGUUAUAAGGAUAAAGGCUCUAAGGAGAAAGAAAAGGUGAAAAAGGACAUCUAUAUUCCUCCUCAUCAAAGAAGAAACAGCGAAGACAAGCAUUCAAGACCAUUUGGUUCAAAGCCAUUUGGUAAUCACAUUUCUCCUCCUAAUUCAGGGAAAAACUUGCCCUACUCAAAGUUUAAGAUGGGUAAUAGGAGACACGAAAAGAAGAUCAGUUUUGAUAACAAUGAUGAUUCAAUUAGCUCGUCCCUUCCAAAUCUCUCAUGGUUUGAUAAGAAGGAAAAGUGGGAUAAAGAUAAGGAAUCAGAUUAUGUGUACUAA